GGCUGCGAGCUCUCCGCGGACCGGGCGGGCGCGCGCACCAUGGGGGAGAAGCCCGGGACCAGGGUCUUCAAGAAGUCAAGCCCUAACUGCAAGCUCACCGUGUACUUGGGCAAGCGGGACUUUGUAGAUCACCUGGACAAAGUGGAUCCUGUAGAUGGUGUGGUGCUUGUGGACCCUGACUACUUGAAGGAUCGCAAAGUAUUUGUGACCCUCACCUGCGCCUUUCGCUACGGCCGUGAAGACCUGGACGUGCUGGGCUUGUCCUUCCGCAAAGACCUGUUCAUCGCCACAUACCAGGCUUUCCCCCCAGUGCCCAACCCGCCCCGGCCCCCCACGCGCCUGCAGGACCGGCUGCUGAGGAAGCUGGGCCAACAUGCCCACCCCUUUUUUUUCACAAUACCCCAGAACCUGCCUUGCUCUGUCACCCUGCAGCCAGGCCCAGAGGACACAGGGAAGGCCUGCGGGGUAGACUUUGAGAUUCGAGCCUUCUGUGCCCUCUCACUAGAAGAGAAAAGCCACAAAAGGAAUUCUGUGCGUCUGGUGAUCCGAAAGGUGCAGUUUGCCCCAGAGAAACCCGGCCCCCAACCUUCAGCUGAAACCACGCGCCACUUCCUCAUGUCUGACCGAUCCCUGCACCUUGAGGCGUCCCUGGAUAAAGAGCUGUAUUACCAUGGGGAGCCCCUCAAUGUCAACGUCCACGUCACCAACAACUCUACCAAGACUGUCAAGAAGAUCAAAGUUUCUGUGAGACAGUAUGCCGACAUCUGCCUCUUCAGCACUGCCCAGUACAAGUGUCCGGUGGCCCAGAUCGAACAAGAUGACCAGGUAUCUCCCAGCUCAACGUUCUGUAAGGUGUACACCAUAACCCCGCUGCUCAGCGACAACAGAGAGAAGCGAGGGCUUGCCCUGGAUGGGAAGCUCAAGCAUGAGGACACCAACCUGGCUUCCAGCACCAUUGUGAAGGAGGGUGCCAACAAGGAGGUGCUGGGAAUACUGGUGUCCUACCGGGUCAAGGUGAAGCUGGUGGUAUCUCGUGGCGGGGAUGUCUCUGUGGAGCUGCCUUUUGUUCUUAUGCACCCCAAGCCCCAUGACCAUAUCACCCUGCCCAGACCCCAAUCAGCAUCCACCCAUCCACCCCCUCUGCUCCCCUCAGCUGUUCCUGAAACAGAUGCCCCUGUGGAUACCAACCUCAUCGAAUUUGAUACCAACUAUGCCACUGAUGAUGACAUCGUGUUUGAGGACUUUGCCCGGCUUCGGCUGAAGGGGAUGAAGGAUGAAGAUUACGAUGACCAAUUCUGCUAGGAAGUGGGACUGGAAGGAGGGAGUGGAUGGUCUUGGAGGGGAGGGGGCAGGACCAAGCACACACUUUCAUCAUGAGGAGGGUGCCGGCCUCUCUUCCCUCUGCUGCCAUCCAGUGGCUUCUUCAACCAACUCCCAUUUCUUCCCUCCCCCCUUCCUCCUAGUCCCUCCAGAUACACACUGGACACAUCUCUUGUUGUAUGUGGGCAUUAAUAUUUUACUAAGCUGUGCUUCCCCAAGGCCCCCAUUGGGUGGCAAGUUAUAUUCACAACUAAAUUUUUAGAGGGGAACAUUGAAAAAAGGAGUGAUAGUAGGGAAAGUGGGCUGUUCCCACAUUUAACCUCACACCAACACCGUUCUGUCACUAUCUUAGCUUUCCAUUCCUUCAAGAUAAGAUUCUUCGGGGGGGAAAGACCACUUCUUUAUUUCCGAGCAUAAAGAAGAAAAUAAACCUUUUAAUAAGCA